UUUACUUCCGGGAGCUGCUCCUGGUUUCCUAGCAACCCGAAGCAGCAUUCUACAGCAGUGGGUUUGUAGGGAAAAGAAAGCAGUGAAGUGAAAUGACUCGGGCGGGGAACCUGUGCCAUAGCUCCGCCGGGGCUGUGCUGGCUUUGGCCACCUCUGGUGAUGGCGGACACCCGGCUCAGCACAUCAUAGACGGGAAUCCUGAUACAUUCUGGACCACAACAGGAAUGUUCCCCCAGGAAUUCAUCAUCAGCUUGAACACGUUGCAAAAAAUUGGCAAAAUUACCCUCGAAAGCUCACAAAUAAGAAGUUUACGUAUUGAAACAAGCACUUCCAAGGAACCAACAAAUUUUGAGCACUGUGUGGAAAGAGAGUUUGAACAUGUUGAAGGACAGUUCCACAAUGAAGAAAUUACUUUCCCUGGAGUGCAAGCGAUCCAUUUGCGCUUUGUGAUCUUGUCCGGAUUUGAUCAUUUUGUAGCUGUGCGCAGCGUGUCAGCAGAAAGUGUCAUAUAAAUUGCAGCUUUAUGCAACUUACCAUAUGGGUCCCUCAAUAACAAAUAACAAUGCAUACAAGAAGAUAGAAAAAGUGGAAUCACAACAUGAUAUAACAAUUUUUUUUAUGAAUUCCAUUUUUUU